AUGAAUAAAGCUAAUGAUGUCAACAGCAAGGCGGUGCUUGCAGCACAGUUUAAUGACUUUUAUUUGAAGAUAGCCCUGCCUGAAGUCAAUCAGAUUGGUAGUUAUAAGAUUCUUGAUGAAAUUGGAGAAGGAGCCUUUGGCAAGGUGUAUUUAGCCCGUCAUGUGCUAUUGAAUGUGAAAGUUGUUCUUAAAUGUGGUCUACUAGAUGACCCCAACAUCGUAAGGGAAGUGUACUAUCAUCGUCAAUUGAAACAUAAACACAUUGUCAAACUAUAUGAAGUCAUCAAAACUGAAAGUCAUUUAUGGUUGGUUCUAGAAUAUUGUGAAGGGAAUGAAUUAUUCUAUUACAUUUACGAACAAAGAAGAGUUGAAUAUAAGAAAUGUCAAGAGCUUUUCUUCCAAAUCAUGCUAGCUAUUAAGUAUGUUCAUUCUUUGAAUUUGGCCCAUCGAGACUUGAAACUUGAAAACAUUUUAUUAGCUGAUACCGAUAAAACAAUUGUUAAAUUAACAGAUUUUGGUUUUGUUAGAGAGUUUAAUCCUUAUUCACGUCAAUUUCUUUCUACUGUAUGUGGAACUACAGCUUAUAUGGCCCCAGAAGUUCUUCAAAAUAUUAAAUAUCUGGGGUUUCAAAUUGAUAUUUGGGCACUUGGGGUCAUUUUGUAUACAAUGUUGUAUGGAAGAAUGCCCUUUGAUGAAGAUGAUGAUUUGAGAACAAAAUACAAAAUCUUAAAUGAAGAACCUCCAUAUUAUGACACCAUUCCUCGAGAAACAAUAGCACUUAUUCAACGAAUGCUUAGUAAAGAUCCAGCAAAUCGUCCUAAUUUGAAUGAAAUACUAAAUUCUCCUUUCCUAAUUGAUUACAAUAAUAAACACUCAUCCCGAACCCGGUUAUCUUAUUCUACAGACACCGAAUCUAUCCUUUCCCUUAAUCAAUACUAUAAGAGUAACCCUGUUCCAUUCCAAUCCAAGAUUGAGAAAAAUUUAAUGUACAAGUUAGAAAAGCUUGGGAUUGAUAUAGAAGAGCUACUGCAAUCGAUAUACAAUAACGAAAUGAAUUCUCUUACUGCGUUCUAUGAGUUAUUGUUAACAAAGGAAUUUCAAAAGAAAAAGUCCAUUUAUUAUAAGGAUAGAAAAAGAAGAGCUAAAAAGUCGCUUCUGAAGUCAAAGAAGAGAGUGAAAUCAGUACUUUCACUAUCUGAUGUUGCAUCUGCAACCCAACCUUUAGAAAGAAUAAUUUCAACACUAAGCAUCUCGUCAAGAAACACUUCUGCAAACACAAAUAUCAAUCCCACAACUGGUGGUGGAGCAACUAACCAGUCAAGAAAUGGUGCAGCAGGGACAGCUACAAGUCCUAUCCCUCCUUCACCUAGAAGUCCUAGAUAUGGCAAAAGUGGAAUAAGUAGACCAACUUCCCCCAAAACUGUUCCCUCGACUUCCAGUGCUCCUACUCGAAUUUCUACUUCCAUGUCUUUAUCUCAUUCGGCUACGGCUAUUCCAACCCAUCUGAUUAGCAUGGAUAGCACCAACACAAGCAAUAAUGGAUUCCAGUCGAUGCUAGAAGAGACAAUAGUUACUGCAAAGCCUCAGGUACUCGAUGAGCCCAUAACUUCAAGCCUCGCUGUGAAUCCUACAAACGACUCCACCAUUUCUCCUUCCAUUGAUAAUUCAAGUUUCACUGACGGGAGUACGAGCCGUCGGAAAGUUUCUUUCCAUACAAAUACUCAUCAACGACUUUGGAGUUCGAACAAUAACAAUGACCUUAAUCCUGAGAAAGAAAAGAAAUCAAAGGGGGUUUUAAAUAAACUUCAGUUCUGGAAAAAGGGUAAUAAUAACAAUAACACGUCGAGUGACAAUUCUCUGACUAAAUCUCGAAAAUCACAAGAAACAGUGCCUUCAAAAUCAAGUCAACAAAUUGCACCUACAAGAAUAUCUUUGGAUUCGAACAACAGGUUAACUCAUGCAAGUGUUAACCCUAAACGAACUGGUCCUCGAACAGGAUCCGUAGCUUCUGAAGAAUCUCGUCUAGAGUUAGCUGUUCCAUCUCGAAUUCAUCGUACUAAUAUGAAGCCUUCUUCAUCUGCUGCAUAUAGUGGAGUUGAUUCUAUCCCUUCACCACUGGCAAUUAGAAGUGGUGGAGCACCUUCUUGGAUUUCCGAAUCACCUCGUGGACCACCUUUAAGAAGACAGCGUCCUUCAUCAAUGAUCUCCCAAAUAAGUCAAUUCAGUCAGCAAUCACAGAUGUCUGAAUCUGAACUUGACAUUUUAGAUGCUUCAGACAUGGAGGAAGAGGAAGACUUGGAAGAAGAAGAAUAUGACGAAGAUUUGGUUUAUGAAUCAAGUAUUAAUAUGUCACAGGAUUUCCAUCGUCCCUCGUUAACUAUGACUAGUGUGAAUCCCAAUUCUUCAGCUGCUCCCUCGACCAAUGGGAGUACUACAAAGUUGAAGCGGCCAGGUGUUAUGAGACAUUUAUCGUCGGAUAUUUCUAUUGCUUCUUCAACUACUUCAGCAGCUGGUAGUGUUGUCGGUUACACCACGAGUACUACUAAAGAAGCCAAAAAACGACUUCCAUCUUUGACACAGUUGUCUAGUAAUUCUUCUGAAGAAAGCGAGUAUUUUGAACAGCUUGCUGCUCCUAUUCCCAAGAAGCCAUUACCUACCACUGCAGGGGUUGAGUCUCAAUUUUCAGUUUCCAAUUCAAAGAUUCCUGUUACAUCGGGAAGUCCGUCGCCAGAUCUUAUUCGAAGAAGUCUCAAGGUACAACAACGAUAUUCUGGUGCAGAUAAGAGAUCCAAUGGUAUUUUUAGCGCACAUACACCUAGAACCACCAGUAAUGGGUCGUUGACUGUUGGACUUCCUGGGAAGUUUAUGGGUGGUGAUAGUGAUGGAUUCCUAUCCAUGGGAAGAAGCUCAAACCCCAUGAUUAACCGGCCCUGCUCCCCGCCAAUUAUUCGAGGCGUUAACUCAAUGCAUUUGAAUAUGAAUAUGAAUGAACUUGGAUCUAUUCAUAAGGUUCAAGACACACACCAAGUGGAUGUUACUUGGAUAGGAACUCAAAAAGUUAGCGACAAACACGAGCCUGUUAUAACUGAAGAAGAUGAGGAAGAAGAUUAG